UGUUUCUUCUUUACAGUUUCAGCAUUUCUUUCCAGACCGCUUCAGCCUCCUCUCUGUCCUCCGGAAACCAGGACUCCUCACCCUCGCCACUCGCCGCUUCUCCCACCUCCUCCGCCGCCGCAAUGGCAGGGGAAAGCACGGCAGCCACCUCACCGCUCGCAUGCGCACCCUCCCCGGUGCCGGCAGACGCACUCCUGCCCACUCCGCCAGCCGCCCAGCGUCCCGAGCAACGCGACCUUGGGACUGGGAGGCUCAUAUGGGCGGUGAUAAGCUGGACUGGAGGUUGCGCGGGGAGGCGGAGCCCGGAGCCGCCGUGCCUGGCGACAUGGGCGGCGAGUUCCGUUUGUGGAUUGCCCUCCUGCUGGCUGGAUGGCAGGGGCAAUGGAUCCUGAUCAUCUACUGUCCUCUUUUUUACCAUCUAGGUAGACCGGGCAUGAGGUUUGGUUGUUUAGGUUCAGGCAUCGACUGAACUUGGUGAAUCCAAACUACUUGACGAGAAGACAAGUACUACUACUCGUAGGCCUGCAUACUUUCAUCUGAACUUUUAGGUGGCCUGUCACCUAUCAGGUGGUGAAAUCAAUCAAUGAUACCCAUGAGCAAUGGUCUGCAUGAUAUUAUUUGAUAUUUGGUGUAUAUGUACAGACAAAGGCCAGCAGUUUAAAGCAUCCCCUCUGGUACCCUGUGUUUGCUUGAAGCAUCCACUUGACUUCAGGGAAGGAAAUGAGAUGGAAAGGGGAAGGGGAAAAUGAUAACAGGGAAUAUGGUCGUGCUUAUUAGUUAAUGGGACAAGUCCACAUCGGCACAUCUUAGCUGAAGCCUGUUUGUGGCUGUGAGUCUCGAAUAGAUCACCUUCUUGGCUUCCACUACAGAAACUAGAAACUAGACCACAAUAAGUUGAGAAAACGGUGCCCCACUACAGAAACUAGACCACAAUAAGAUGAGAAAACGGUGCCCCACUACAGAAACUAGACCACAAUAAGAUGAGAAAACGAUGCCCCAGUAUUGUCCUACAAGAGAAAAUUAGAGUGUACCACGGUAGAGUACCAGAGAACCACGGGCAAGUGUUUGCUAGUGGUUCUUCCUCUCGGUUUCCUGAGAAACUAUUGAUAAAUAGGCGUUUGAGCCUACCGUUUGUUUCCGAAGACCAAUGGAGAAGGAGUUGCUUCCCUUUCCUCUCCUGCCAUGGCUCCUCCUCACAUGCUUCUCUCCAUUCUUUGUUCAUUCUAUGGAAUUGAGUACCUCUGCAUGCUCAAGUUCCAACAUCUCUAUCCCUUAUCCUUUUGGUGUCCAUGGCCAGAGCCCCUCCCCAGCUCAAGGGUUCGAGAUCAAUUGUACUUCAUCUGGUCCUAGGCUUCCCAUAGGCAACAACUCAAUUAGUAUUCUCAACAUCUCCUUGCUGGAUGGUUAUGUGACCAUCCUGGCUAGUGCCGCUUCCCGUUCCCCGCAGUGCAGAGGGAACUUUGCUAGCUUCAGCCUUGAGGGGACAAACUUCACCUUCUCCGAUACAAGGAACAAGUUCACCGCUGUCGGCUGUAAUAUGGUGGCCAUGCUGGUGAAUGGUACCAGUGGUGGUUACAGCGGUGGCUGCGCUUCUUUUUGCUCUAAUAAUAGCAUCGUCGAUGGUGCUUGCUCUGGUGUGGCUUGCUGCCAAGCACCAGUGCCAAAGGGGUUGAAGAAGCUGUAUUCAGAUUUCACAAACAUAAACAUAACUGCCAGCCUCAGCAAGUAUACUUCAGCAUGUGCUGAGGCGUUCAUCGUGGAGCAGAACUCCUAUGCUUUCGCUACUGCUGACCUGAAGAUCAUGAACAACUCAAAUAAAAGCCCUCCUCAGUACCGGCAUGUUGUUCUUGAGUGGUCCAUAGAUGGUGGCAGCUGUGAGGAGGCAAGCCGCUCUGCAUCAUAUGCUUGCAAGGAGAAUUCUUACUGCUAUAACUCGUCUAAUGGGAUUGGAUAUCGCUGCAAUUGUACCAACGGGUUUCAGGGGAACCCAUACCUGCAAGGGCCUGGUGGAUGCCAAGAUAUCGAUGAGUGCUUCCUUGGAAAUCCAUGCACACAUAGCUGCAUCAACGUGAAGGGCGGUUUCAACUGUACUUGCCCAUCAGGGAUGAGUGGUAAUGGCCGAAAGGAUGGAAGUGGCUGCAAUGGAAUUGGCACGCUGCAGAUUUCAAUAGUUGUGGGACUAGCUCUGCUACUGCUUCUCCUUGUUUUCAGUUUCUGGACUCACUGUCUUUUUAAGAGGAGAAAGCUUGCAAAGAAAAGACAGAGAUAUUUUAUGCAGAAUGGUGGUGUGUUACUGAAGCAGCAGAUGCUUUCUCGGAAGGCACCGCUGCGGAUAUUUACCUCAGGUGAGCUUGACAAGGCAACCAACAAAUUCAGCGAUAGCAAUAUUGUUGGCAGAGGUGGAUUCGGGACAGUCUACAAAGGUAUAUUAUCGGAUCAAACGGUUGUAGCAGUCAAAAGGUCGCAGCGGGUUGAUCAGAGCCAGGUGGAGCAAUUCGUGAAUGAGCUGGUCAUUCUUUCACAAGUGACCCACAAGAAUGUGGUUCAGCUACUAGGCUGCUGUCUCGAGGCAGAAGUUCCCUUAUUGGUCUAUGAAUUUAUCACCAACGGGGCCCUUUUUCAUCAUCUUCACAAUACAUCAAUCCCGAUGUCGUGGGAGGACCGCCUGAGGAUUGCAGUUGAAACAGCAUCGGCACUUGCAUACUUGCACUUGGCUGCAAAGACGCCAAUCGUCCACAGAGACGUCAAGUCAUCGAACAUACUUCUUGACACAAGCUUCACCGCAAAGGUGUCCGAUUUCGGCGCGUCAAGGCCGAUACCCCGCGAUCAGACCCAUGUGACGACCUUGGUGCAGGGCACACUAGGGUACAUGGACCCUGAGUACUUCCAGACAAGCCAGCUGACCGAGAAAAGCGACGUCUACAGCUUCGGUGUGGUGCUCAUCGAGCUACUGACAAGGGAGAAACCAAUAUGUGGCGGACAGAUGGACGAGGUGAGAAGCCUAGCGAUGCAUUUUAGCACGAUGUUCCAUCAGAACCAGUUGCUGAAGAUUGUAGACUCUCAAGUGGCCGAGGAAGCUGGAAUGCGGCAUGUCAAAACGGUCGCGCAGCUGGCUUUGCGAUGCUUGAGGCUGAGAGGUGAAGAGAGGCCGAGGAUGAUUGAGGUUGCGGUUGAACUUGAAGCGCUGAGAAGACUGAUGAAACAACACUCUGUUCUGAAGAGUGAAGAAGAAGAGCCUCUACUUCCUUUGCUUCGAGACUUGAGCUGCCGCGGGGAGAUGAUUUUCGAUGCGCAGUUGAGUUCGGGCCAUGAUGGAAUUGCCAAGGAUGAAAGUAUGGAGAUCAUUCUACUCCCGUCCGGCGACCUCUCAUGUUAGGUCUUUCAUAGUAAUGAUCUGUUCAAUUGUGUUUAGCUGCUAGUCGUAGAAACUCAUAGUAGGGUUAUACCAGGGAACUGUUGGCUAGUUUUUUUCUUUCUCCAUAUCUAUCUAGUACACCCCUAUUUUCGACCUGUUUGUAGGUCAAGAAAUGACUCAGCUAAAUUUACACCACUGGGAUUUCAUUUUCA